AUGGAUGAAUUAAGAUGUGAGAUAUUUAAAGCAAAAGCCGGGGAAUCAACAGGUUUGGACAAAAUUUCAAACAAACUAUUAAAAGCAGCCGGGGAGACCAUUAUCGGCUCCUUAAGUCAAAUUUUUAAUCUAUCUAUCGAUACUGGAAUUUUUCCAGACGAUUUGAAACCCUCUUUACAAAUCAGGGGACAAGAUGGAUUGCGAUAA